CUUUGUCUCAUUCCAGCCUACAGGAUUCAUGAAUCACUCAAUCCCUUACUCUUCAAUCGAGGACAUCCACAUUAUAUCCCGCUGGGAUGCGGGACACAAGUUUUGUAUUCGUAUUACCAUCCAAGAUGGUUCUCUCUUACUUCAGGCGGGCAGCUCCUAUCUUCGUGACCAAUGGCUUCACUCCAUCAUAUGGAAGAAACAUGUCUACAAAUACGAGAAAUUGCUGAAACACGCCCGAAGGCCUGAAGUGGUGGUUAAAGAAAUCAAGAACUUGAUCGACGUCUCCCUGUCUACUCCGAUACAAGACUCAAACGUCUACCAGUUUCCAUUAGAACUAAUCUCUGAACUCUUCCACACAGUUAAUUGUGACCUUAUUUCCAAGUCAGCCCACGAAAACAUCAUCAUAGCAUUGACUCCGCUGCUGGAGAACAACCAUCCGACACAAGAAAUAUGCGAGUUUUUCAGUCGGCACUGCAAGAAGAAUCCUAGAUCCAGUAUCAUCAUCGACCUGUUCACACCUGUAGCACAGCGAAUUCUAAAGCACAACAUGGAUUUCGGCAAGUUCCCCCAGAUGCGAAAGUUUGUCCAAGAAUAUAUUCAAGCUCUGAACUCGCAGAAUGAUGGUUUCAAAGUUGUACAGAAUUUUGUGAAAAAUAUGCAUGGCCAGUCCAGCACAUGCCCACACCCCAGAGUCCUACCCAAUCUUAUAGCUGUGUGCUUAGCAUCUAUAUACUCCUGUUAUGAUGAAAAGAAGAAGGGUCUAUUGAAUAACACUGACUGCUGUGAAGAGGAUUGGAACCGAAAACUGAUCUGUUACAUUCACAUGUUUGAAGCAAUGACACCCUACGAUGAUUGGAGAUGCAUCUUGGGAAGUCUUCUGCAGCCUGUUCCCUUUCCUACUGAUGCCGUUGGACACUCUUUCUUCACUACGCGCAUGAAACCUAUCAUCAAACAGAUUGCCCUCGACCCAAGCUGUAACACACACCAGACACUGUUGAGUAUCCGUGAGAAUAAGGAAGGAUGGUUCAAUCUCUACUGUCCAGGAAACAUCUGUUGUGAUGAUGACGGAGAAUUAUGGGGCAUUAUGCUGAACACUUUGAUUAGAUGUUGCUGCAAAAGGAAGACGUUUCUACUGGAGCUGAGCAAAAGUGUUAAUCCAGUGAUGUUAUUGGCCCUUAGGGGUAAAGAGGCUGCCAUGGAGGCCCUCUGUGGGAUGCUCGAGAUGGACAUUAUUGAAAGCAAUGACCUGAAGAUGCAGAUGAUCACCACACUGCAGACAACAGCCACAGGGAAAAAGAUGUACACAGCAUUGUGUGAACGACAAAUCGCUCUGAGGGAGUUGCAGCAAAAGGGAGGUCCGAAGAAGCUGACCUUACCACCACAGUCUACUGAUGCAGAUUUGGUGAAAAUGCUUAGUGCUGGCUCCUUCGGAAACCUGGAAUGUCUCAGCCUGGCCUUCACACAGGUCACCAGCGCUUGCGCCCCCGAGCUCAUUAAGUUACCUUCCUUACGCUCUCUCAACUUGUGGUCAACACAGUUUGGUGAUGCAGGACUUCAGUUGAUAUCCGAGCAUCUGGUCCGUCUUCAAGUCCUCAACCUGUGUGAGACCCCAGUUACAGAUAAAGGACUCAUCUGUCUGGCUGCUUUGAAAAAUUUACGGAAAUUAAAUUUGAACAGUACCUGUCUUUCAGCCCUGACCUUUGAAGGUCUCAAGGAGAAGCUUCCUGCCCUCCAAGAAUGUGACGUCAGAUACACUGAGGCGUGGUGAGACCCCUGAUGCUGGCACAACACCCUCUGGGACAUCAGCUAAUCAGAUUUACAGGUGGAAUAAGCAGAAGCAGAUACAAGCUACAAGAACCUUGUUACACCUUCGCAUACCGAUGCCUCUGUCUCUAUGGCAACGAUUUGAAAAAAAAAAAAAAAAUGUUCUUUCCAUGGUAACAAACCAUAAACGUUUCUUUUGGUGACUAUAAAUCGAAAACUCUAGUCCUAAAGGUUCUUGAGUCACAUGUGACUCGUGCAGUUUUAGCAGUCGAGUCUUCAGUCAAAAAAU